UCAAACAAUCUUCAGCGCCCCACACCACAUUUUAAAAGAGCUGUGCAAUGGCGCCGUCCAGGGGUAUCUAUUUAAUAUCGCAUGCAUUCAGGCAAUGCUCCAGAUUUUCCGGUCCACUGGCGUACGGUCGUAAAAGAUUCUCGACAUUUACGGAGAAGCUCACCAACCCGAAAAACCGAGUUCAGAGCUACCUCUCCACGAGCGAUGACCCAUGUCUCAAUCUUUCCAUAGAGGAUUAUAUCCUCAGGAAGUCACCACCUGAGUCGUACAUUCUGUUCUUGUACACCAACCGGCCUUGUGUUGUUAUUGGACGCAACCAAAAUCCGUGGACUGAGGUCAAUCUGUCCAUACUUAAUGUCGCCGAUUUGAAACAAAGUGCGCAAUUGAAAGAGACCGAGCCGCCUGCAAUUGGCAAUGUAGAACUUGUACGACGGCGCUCCGGUGGUGGCACUGUAUUCCAUGACGAGGGCAAUCUCAACUGGAGUAUUACAUGUCCACGAACUGACUUUACGCGUGACAAGCACGCUGAAAUGGUCGUACGCGCCCUACGCAAACUUGGUGUGAACCGAGCAAGAGUCAAUGAAAGGCAUGACAUUGUCCUUGAUCAAGGCAAUAAAGAGCUUCCAGUGGAUCCCGAGGACACGCACAGAACGACAUAUACUCUAGAAGAUGGCGCAUCACCUAGGCCACUGAAAGUUUCUGGAUCAGCGUACAAGCUCACCCGUGGAAGGGCAUUGCACCAUGCGACGACAUUGCUUGCUUCUCCAAACUUGCAUAUCAUUCCUCAAUAUCUUCGAUCGCCGGCAAAACCAUUCAUCGAGGCAAAAGGUGUCGAAAGUGUGAGCUCGCCCGUUGGCAACAUUGGCUUGGACGACGCCAUUUUUCGUAAAGAGGUGCAGAAGCAAUUCGGGGCGAUGUAUGCAAAAGUUGGCGAAGCUGUCGUAGACUUCGUUGGCGAUGAAUACCUCAAUAUACCGGAAAUCAAGAAAGGCUACGAUGAGCUCAAGACCAAAGAGUGGAUUCUGUCUCAGACACCACAGUUUACGCUCAAUGCUGAAGGUCCCAGUGGUGAAGAGAUAUGUGUCACAGUUCACCAUGGCGUAAUCAAAAGCUUCCAUUUCCAAGGCGCGGGACUUUCCAAUGAUAUAAUAGAGGCAGUCUCCUCGGCACUGUUAGAGCAACAGAUGCAUGAGAUUUCGGAUUGGCGUUCACUGCUUGGCCAGCAUGUCGAAACUCAAGAUGCCAGUGCUUCAGCCAUUAUCGAUUGUCUUGAGAGGUUCUUGCCACUUCCAAAGCUGACCAAGGAUUGAAUAGAAUAAGGUCAAGAGUGUCCUUGUGUGGGGAACUGUUAUAGUGCGGCACACUCUUUGACGGUUCCUUUGUGUCUCUCCACGAGACAACUCGAGGACUUCCUUAAGGCGUAUUGGGAUGUUCCAUUGUUGCUCCAAACUGUUUGUUCCACGCUUCGACUCGGUUCAAGGGCGAAAAUGAAGGGUUUCAUUUCAGGACUUUGGAAAGGAUUGUGCUAUCUCCCAAUCAACAAGGGUUUCUUCUGCCAGAUAUCGUCCACCGCAAAGGUCUCUGUGUGCCUUGGAGAGUCUUUGACAGUAUAGACAGGGCAUUCAGUUCGUACGUAGUUUCGAAAAUCUCCCUUCUCAGUGCAC